GGCAGAAGGUGGAAAAUACUGGUAAUAUUCCUUUCACAAAAAACAACCAAUAGCACGGUAAUGUUAAAUCUUACUUGUGAAAAGUAAUCCCCCGAUUCCUAUUGUGGAUGGUCCGCUGAUUUGAGCAGGAAUACCCUGAACAACAGCCCGGCAUUCUGUUUCUGCUGUAGACGCACCUGUUGCUGCUCCCGGUUCACCACUCCAAGAUGGCGGCCGUAUUUCUCGCGUCCCAUCAGCCAAUGCUGCGUCUAUGCUAUAAAAUGUCUAUGGGUAGAAUGAUCUAUCCAGCACACAUCUAGGCGGACACGCCCACCUGUGAUGUCAUAAGGGACUGAUUUCCAAAACGGCUUGUAACGGCUAAUCAGCCCAUACCUGGUGGCAUGUCAUGGGACCUUUAAAUAUGCUCUGGGCUCAAAAGUGUGGUCCAGGGUUCUGGAAGAACUCAGUGCACCUGGGAUGGAGAAAUGCACAGUGCAUGUAGGGGGUGUGGUCUCAAUAGCCCUGUAGUAAGCAGUGUGCUAGCGUGAUUGAGGAAUAGCAUAGAUAUUCAAGAUAAUGCUAAUAUAUAUUUUUUCCCAACUAUAUUUAUGUCCCCUGUUAAGAGCCAACCUAUCUGUUCAUUCCCAUAAAUUCCCAUUAAUUCCCAUGGAAAGUUUCCAACUUUGAAAAUUCCCGGAAUUUUGCCACCCUAGGAAUGCCACUUUUCCCCCUACCAAGUCUGAAUAAGAAUAAACCAAUAUCAGUUCCUAACCUAGGGGCGUUAAUCAAUAUUAAUAACAAUCACGAUAAAAUCUGCCGCGAUGCCCUGAAGGAUUUUUUUUAAUAGAUUUUGAAUCUAUAGUUUGGGAUCGACCACUGACUCGGUGCAGUACCCUGAGUCAGUGCCAUGUGUUCAAGCACUAUACAGCAAGCCAUCUUGGAGCUUGAUGACGUACAUACCAGUACAGAACGCCGCUCAGGGGAUUCUGUAUGCAAAAACGAGUGCCCCUGACCGCUCACAAAAGGUCACAAAAGAAGCUAAAACCACAAAGAUGGCAUCAUUGUUGUUUUAUUUGAUCAUUGUUUUUUAUGAUUAAUAUGAUCAAAUAAGACAUCUUUAUAUUUUAAUCCCAAUAAAAAAAAUUGAAAGAAUGACCAUUUACAAACUAAAUGUGAUUCCUCCCUGGCAGACGGGCUACAUGGUCCUCAUCGCGGUCAUGUUGGUGACCAGAACCUACUGUGACGUGUGGAUGAUUCAGAAUGGGACCAUGAUUGAGAGCGGUAUCAUUAACAGAGAUAGCCGACUGUUCAAGCAGCACUAUUAUCCCUACAUUGCCGUCAUUCCUGUGUGUGGACUUUGCCUCACUUUGCAGCCCCUCCUGGACAUCGGAUUGUACAUCUUCAAGCUGACCAGUGCCAUAGGUGCCCAGGGUCCCACCAUCAUGAUGGCCUACCUGAUCAUCUCGGGUCUGUUCCUGACCAGGCUGCGGAGGCCCAUCGCCAAGAUGACCGUCGCAGAGCAGCGCUACGAGGGGGAGUACCGCUACGUCAACUCCCGCCUCAUCACCAACAGUGAGGAGAUUGCCUUCUAUAAUGGGAACCUGAGGGAAAAGCAGACCAUUCACUCCACGUUCCAGAAACUGGUGGACCAUCUCCAUAAGUUCAUCUUCUUCCGCUUCUCCAUGGGCUUUGUGGACAGCGUCAUCGCUAAAUAUAUAGCCACAGGGGUGGGCUACCUGGUGGUCAGCAGACCCUUCCUGGACCUGUCGCACCCCAGGCACCUGCACACCAGCCAAUCUGAACUGAUGGAGGACUACUACCAAAGUGGGAGGAUGCUUCUGAGGUUGUCCCAGGCCCUAGGCAGGAUCGUCCUUGCCGGCCGAGACAUGACGCGUCUUUCUGGGUUCACGUCUCGCAUUGCUGAGCUGAUGAAAGUUUUGAAGGAGCUCAACGCGGGCAAAUACGAACGCACAAUGGUCACCCAGCAGGAGAAAGAUCCCGGGUCUGUGUCGGCGAAACUAGCCCUGGUUCCCGGAAGUGGUCGGGUUAUCAACGCAGACCACAUCAUCAAGUUUGACCACACACCCCUGGCAACGCCCAAUGGAGAGAUCCUGAUCAAGGACCUGUCGUUUGAGGUGAUGUCUGGCGCCAACGUGUUGGUGUGUGGUCCCAACGGCUGUGGCAAGAGCUCCUUAUUCAGAGUCCUGGGAGGGCUUUGGCCUCUGUUUGGGGGAGAGCUGACCAAACCAGAGAGAGGGAAGCUCUUCUAUGUUCCCCAGAGGCCUUACAUGACGCUUGGCUCUCUAAGGGACCAGGUCAUCUACCCGGACACGUUCGAAGAACAAAACCGUAAAGGCAUCUCUGACCAGGUGCUGAAGGAGUACCUUGACAACGUGCAGCUGGGCCACAUCCUGGAGCGGGAGGGGAGCUGGGACAUGGUGCAGGACUGGAUGGACGUGCUGAGCGGAGGGGAGAAGCAGAGGAUGGCUAUGGCUCGAUUGUUCUACCACAAGCCCCAGUUUGCCAUUCUGGAUGAGUGCACGAGUGCCGUGAGCGUGGACGUGGAGGAUUUCAUCUAUAGCCACUGCCGGACGGUUGGCAUCACCCUAUUCACCGUGUCACACAGAAAGUCCCUCUGGAAGCACCACAAGUUCUACCUGCAUAUGGACGGCAGAGGGAACUACGAGUUCAAGCCCAUCACAGAGGAGACGGUGGAGUUCGGCUCCUAGUCCUGUCCCCAGACGGGGCCGCUGGCCCAGGGACCAGGACCACCCCGGGAACAGAACCCGGUCCACUAACUGAAUCUGAAGAUAGAACGUUGUCCACUAAAACUUAGACGCAAUCUUCUUUUUAAUCAAACCUAACUCAUUUGUUUUGUUUUUGUUUUUUCCAAGUUAUUUAAAAUUGAAAAAUCUGUUGAGUAAUUUAAGGCCCUUUGACAAGGGUCACAUUUUGUAGAGAUGAAGUUAAAAUAAUGUGCCUGUUAACUGGUUGAGCGGUGCGGGGCUGGUACAGGAGAUGUGGUGGGAGGCAGUGAGCGCAGGGCCAGUACUGUCCCCUGGUCAGGGUAAUCGACGGUAGUUGUCUCUGAGAGAACCGCCUCACAGAGGAAUGUGAUAUAAAAGUGACUUUUUUUAUGAAUGGUAAUGCUGCUCUAAUCAAAGUCCCUCAGAGCUGAGGAACUCCUAAUGGGUGUAUUUUGUGUAUUCUUUAAUCCAGGAUCAAUGAAAUGUUAAAUGGGAAUCUGGGUUGUGUGUAGAUGAUGAGAUGUUGGAAGGUCCUGGUGGGUUUUAGAGGAGGCCUAUGUUGAUAUGCAGAUGAUGCCAUACGACCCUUCCUUUAUGUACCUCCAUUUGUCACUGUAAGGUAACACUAUUAUUGGACCUUUUUUAAUGCAAGGAAGUCUCUGUAUAAAUUGUAUAUGGACAUUAACUGUAUUAAAACCAGGUGCAGGGUCCUGAAAUAAAAUUAUUGACAAAUGACAACAAUCAUGGCC